AUGCAGAGCUCCACAUCUGCCAAUGGUAAGACCUUGCCUACUAGUGAAGGCGAUGCCGAAAUUGCAGUGAAACCAACAGAAGGAUCCACGAAAACGAUCGGCACGGAUUCUACCAACACCGAUGAAGAAGAUGCAGGUAGUGGAUCCCUGGCGGAGAAAGAUGUUGGGAUCAACGGAGCUCCGCCACCACCACCGCCCGUUCAUCAGGGUACGAUAACGACUGUUCAGCAGUUUAUCAAUACGGUGCGAGAUUCCACCCAAGGGUUGCCACUACAACCUUCCGUUCUCACAAGACCAGAAUAUGAUAAUCCUGGUGCCUAUGCCGUUGGACCGCUUGGCAUAUCCAUUGUUCGUCACUCCGUGGCCCAGACCCCUCCAACAGAAAUAGGAAGAGUCCAAGCGCAAGUUGAUAUAGAGGGGCAACAACAACAACAAGAAUCCAGAACAUCAGUUGCCCACGAUUCUACUAGUAACGACCAACACCUUGCUGUGGCAAACCUCGUCCAACAGGAUAACGUUCAAGAUAGCAUUCCAAGGGCAACCGAGUUUCACCAACAAGAAAGGCAGAUGAAGCACUCUGACAAAGAAAUGAACAGAAAGAUUUUGUCGUGCAUGGCCCUUUGCGUGCUGGUAGGUGGAGUUAUCGGGCUGCCUUUGUUGAUUCUGGUGUCAAACAGAAAGAAGGAUGUGCCCUCAGGCAGCAGUCUUUCCACAAGCAGUCCAUCGGCCAGUCCAUCGGCCAGUCCAUCGGCCAGUCCAUCGGCCAGCCCAUCUGCUGCACCAACUACGAAAGAGGAUGGUGUCUUGAGUCUCUUGCCAGAUUUCACUAUUCGGGCAUUGGACGAUCCCAUGUCGCCCCAGUAUCAGGCAUAUGAGUGGUUGCUGGAAGAUCCGGCUUUGUCAAGCUACACGGAUGCCAGAAUCCUGCAAAGGUUUGCUCUUGCAACUUUCUACCAUUCACUGGGUGGUCCCAACUGGGUCUUCCAUGAGAAUUGGCUCAACCACAGUGAGCACGAGUGCAACUGGUUUUCUCAAUACUGGUUCUGGCUCUAUGAUGCCACGGCUGGAGAAGAACGACCACAAGCAUUGAACUUUUCGGAUCCCUAUGCUCCCUGUGGUUACACCACCCAGAAUGACGAAUCAAGCAUGGAAUACAGGAACCUCCUGUUAGGGGAAAACAAUCUCAGUGGAGAAAUUCCUUUGGAAAUCUCGUUUCUGACAUCCCUUUCCUUCCUUGGCAUCCAAGUGAACAACAUACAUGGAACUGUGCCAAGUCACAUUGGUGAACUAACCAACCUGGAAUACUUCAAGUUGGCUAUCAAUCAUCUGGAAGGGACACUACCAACAGAGCUUGGCUUGUUGACAAGGUUGAUUCACUUUCCGGCUCUCUACAACUCCUUCAGUGGUAUGAUUCCAUCUGAGCUAGGACAAGCUGGUAACCUCACCAAGCUCUUUCUGGACAACAACCUUCUAUCUGGGAAUUUGCCAUCAGAGAUCGGCUUGUUGGCCAACGUAGAGUAUCCUUAUUUCUACAACAAUGUUCUCAGUGGAACUCUACCAACAGAGUUGGGGCUGCUGUCCAAUGCAAACCACAUGUCUCUUGAUGGUAACCAAUUUACUGGCAGUCUGCCUUCUGAGUUUGGAAAGUUGUCCAUAGCUGAACACAUUGUGGUGAAGAACAACAUGAUCACAGGAAAAAUUCCUACAGAGCUGGGACUCUUGCAUGGUGCACCAUCCUACUACAUUCAUCUAGGAAACAAUCUCAUCACAGGACAGAUCCCCUCUGAGCUUGGGCAGGUUUCAAAAAUGUCAAGCCUGCAACUUGCUGGCAAUCAGCUUUCUGGAAUGAUGCCAACUGAGCUUGGAUUGUUUGGUCCUACCUUUCGCUUCCUCAAUCUUGCAAACAAUUCAUUGACUGGGCAGAUUCCAAGUGAGCUGGCUCGGCUCAGCAACCUGACGCUCUUGAGCUUGGAACAUAAUUUUCUCAGUGGACAAGUGUCAGGUGAUCUGAGUGAACUGGUUGGGAAUGGUUCAUUGAUCUCUAUAAAUAUUGUUGGCAAUCCACUCCUGACUGGGGCUAUUCCAGAAGACAUGUGUGAUGCUGGCAUUGACACUGCAAAUUUCACUUGUCCUGAUUGGGCAGAAUGUGGGGUUAUCUUUGACUGUUCCAUCAGCCUAUGCGGUUUCCCAAAUGCACUGGAGGAUGAGAAGAGAUCGUUUUCAUUACGAGUCACUUGGCUUAUGCCGCUGAUACCGGCAUCCCAUACAGUAGAGAAAGUCUAA